AUGUACAGACCUAAUGCCUACAUCUGCUGUGAAUCAGAAGCUACAUCUGGAAAGCAGCAAUACAAAUCUGACUCUCCAGGGACGCCCACAGCAAUGAAAGCAGGCUUGGAUGACAAAAUGACAGAUACUGGCAACUUGGAUGGAAUAUUACCAGAAUGGGAGAAAAACUUCAAGGAUAUAAAAAUACCUGCUUGUUUUAACAAGAUGCCCCAAGAAACUUGGAGGACUUUCCCUCACUCCAAACAAGUUGGGAAUUACCUAGUAGGCAAAAUGAUCAACAAGGGCUCCUUUGCCAAGGUGAUGGAGGGACUGCACAUCCCCACAGGGGAGAAGGUAGCCAUAAAAGUCAUUGACAAGAGGAAAGCCAAGCAGGAUUCCUAUGUUUUAAAAAACAUGAAGCGUGAGCCACGGAUACACCAGAUGAUUAAGCACCCCAAUGUUGUUCGGCUAUAUGAGACCUUGGAGACUGACAACUCCUAUUACAUGGUGAUGGAGCUGUGCCUCGGUGGGGACCUCCUGGACAGAAUUUGUGACAAAAAGAGACUGGCGGAAAGGGAAGUAAGGAGAUACACCAGGCAAAUUCUGUCUGCAGUAGAGCACCUGCAUUGCCAAGGGAUUGUUCACAGGGACCUGAAAAUUGAAAAUUUUCUGCUUGAUGAGAACAACAACAUCAAAAUCGUUGAUUUUGGACUGAGCAAUACCACAAGGUUCGAGGGUCUCUCCCAGGAGCUGUUACAUACCCAGUGUGGAAGCCCAGCUUAUGCUGCACCAGAACUGCUUGCUCAUGGGAAAUAUGGUCCAAAGGUGGAUGUCUGGUCCAUAGGUGUCAGCAUGUUUGCUAUGCUAACUGGCACAUUACCUUUCACUGUGGAACCUUUUAAUAUCAAACAACUGCAUCAAAAGAUGUUAAUUGGAGAAAUCAGUCCUAUUCCAUCAGAUAUCUCCCCUGGAGCUGUACACUUCAUGCAGUCCUUACUCGAGCCUGACCCUGCUAAGAGGCCUGGAGUCAAAGAAGCAAUAAAAGACAAAUGGUUGAAUGAAGGUUUCACCAGGAAAAUACUGAACACUGCUACCUAUGAGAACAGACUUUGCCCCAGUGAAUUGAAUCCUGUUGUUUUAAACUACAUGACAGAAAUGAUGGAAUUCAGUCUUUCAGAAGUUAUCACCAUUGUAAUAAAUAACAGACCCUCUCCUGCCAUGGCUUCUUACUGCUUAUUGCUGAAGAAACUGCUCAGGUACCAGAGAGACUGCAAAAGAGUUCAG